CCAGGGCGAGGGGGGGCGCGCGCCGCUGCGGCACUGCUGGUCCCCGGUCGGCUUCUCGCGGCGCGGUGUGCGCGCGCCUCCCGGGCGGCUUCGGGCCCCGAGCGCGAGAGCGCGGCGGGGAGCGUCAGAUUUGAAAAGUGUCAAAAUAGAAAAUUGGGGAGAAAAUCUCUUCAGAGCCCUGCGCAGAUUUUGUCUCAUGAAGACUUCUUUUUCCCAGGCACGCUAGCUAGAGGAUUUUUUUCUGGUCAAGCAGACAGCUCAGGAUACAGAAUCCAAGGAUGAAUGUUCACCGUGGCAGUGAGAGCGACAGGUUAUUGCGGCAGGAGGCUGGCUGCCUAACAGAUGAAAGCCCAGCUGCAGCACAAGAGAAAGAAACAAAUAGCCCGGCUUCUUCUGGUCUUCAGAACCUUACUUAUCCUCUCAGCCCCAGGAGCGAUGACCUUUCACUUGACUAUGCCUCUCAGCCAGCAAAUCUUCAGUUCCCUCACAUAAUGCCACUUCCUGAAGACAUCAAAGGCUCCUGCUUCCAAAAUGGGAAUAAACGGAACCAUGAACCCUUUAUGGCUCCAGAACGAUUUGGAAACAGCACUGUGGGCUUUGGCAGUAACGUUCAUUCCCAGGCGCCAGAGAAAGUGACACUUCUUGUAGAUGGCACACGUUUUGUUGUGAAUCCACAAAUUUUCACUGCUCAUCCGGAUACCAUGUUGGGAAGAAUGUUUGGACCAGGAAGAGAAUACAACUUCACCCGGCCCAAUGAGAAGGGAGAGUAUGAGAUUGCUGAAGGAAUCAGUGCAACUGUAUUUCGAACGGUGCUGGAUUAUUACAAAACUGGUAUCAUUAAUUGUCCAGAUGGCAUCUCUAUUCCAGACCUUAGAGAUACAUGCGAUUAUCUCUGCAUUAACUUUGACUUCAACACUAUCCGAUGUCAAGAUCUGAGCGCUUUACUCCAUGAGCUAUCUAACGACGGCGCCCACAAGCAGUUUGACCACUACCUUGAAGAGCUGAUCUUACCCAUCAUGGUGGGCUGUGCCAAGAAAGGGGAGCGAGAGUGCCACAUCGUCGUGCUGACGGAUGAGGAUUCUGUGGACUGGGAUGAAGACCACCCCCCUCCCAUGGGGGAGGAAUAUUCCCAAAUUCUUUAUAGCUCCAAGCUCUAUAGAUUCUUCAAAUAUAUUGAAAAUCGUGAUGUCGCUAAAACAGUGUUAAAGGAGCGGGGCCUGAAAAACAUUCGCAUUGGAAUUGAAGGUUAUCCCACUUGUAAAGAAAAAAUUAAGAGAAGACCUGGUGGCCGGUCUGAAGUAAUCUAUAAUUAUGUGCAGCGCCCCUUUAUCCAGAUGUCAUGGGAAAAGGAAGAAGGGAAGAGUCGUCAUGUGGAUUUCCAGUGUGUCCGAAGCAAAUCCCUCACUAAUCUGGUAGCUGCUGGAGAAGGUGUCUUAGAGGACCAGGAGAUCCUAAUGCACCACCCACCCCAAGUGGAUGAACUUGACCGGCUGAAUGCCCCACUUUCUCAGAUGGCUUCUAAUGACUUUCAGGAUUAGGGCCAGCUGUGGACACACCCUCUUCAGAGCUCCUCUUUCUGGGGCGCCCACAGCCGGUCCUCCCCGUGGUCUGUCUCCCCUGUGUGGGAGACCUGCUUCUCCAUCCCUUGCCCUCCCUUCACAGAUAACGUGUGUCCUUUUCCUUACUGAGAAGUCUGUGCCUCCAGCAGGGGAUGAAGAGCACUCACUGGUAAAUAAGAUACCAGCUUCGCAGUGGCCCUGGUAACUUGAACUUUUUGGGUCUGGUGCUGUUUACUGAGUCUUUGCAUAACUGCAAAAAGCAGGAAAGGAAGUCAAGACUCCUGUUGCCUCAUAUUCAUCAAAGCAGUCCUCAUCCUUUAUACUCUGUUCUUGGCUUUUGUUUUGUUUUUUUUUCAUACCAGGCAAAUUAAUGACAGCAGCAAUGGGACCAGACUUUAAAGAGAGACAAUCUCUAGCUUCCACAACCAGGCGCUAAUGGGAUUCUCAUUAGGGAUUUAAUGAAGAUGCCAUUCCUGGUGGCCUCUGUGCCCAGAUUGCGUCCGGAAGACCUAGGCUCUCAUCAGAAAGUCCAAAAUGAAAUUUCAUAAGAGUUUAAAUUCAGUUUUGUUUUUCAUUAAUGCGAUGAAUAAUUCGAAACCACGGGAACUCCAGUAAUAGCAUAACAAUGUUUAUGAAACCUUUUUAGGUUCGAAGUUUUUGAGCUUACACAAAUCAGUUAUUUGGAAUUAUCCUUUGGAGUGAAAUUCACAACUCAAGUAGAAGAACCUCUCCAAAUCAAGCCACUUUGAUUAUCCCUGCUCGGAAUCUGGUGUGAAGCCCCAGGCCUUCCCCUUAGGGCAGCACAUUGCCGUGGGUGUGGCUGGGAAACCUUAAAGGCUUUCAGGAGAUAAAUUUCCCAGCAGCGCUCAGUUUCUCAAUGGAAAGACUUCUAAAAGCCCGGAGAAGGGGACAUUUGGGGUGAAGCUGAGUGGGGAAGAAACAUCACCUCACAGGCUCGGUCUCCGUGCAGGAUUUUUCUUGGUAUAUUCUUUUCAUACUAUGAACUUUUUUUUUUUUUGGAUAUCAGGAUACUUGUUUUUGAAGUAGCCAGUUACACUGCUCACACUGCGUAAAAAACCAUACUACUGUCAUCCCCAAAGCAAGGAUGAGUGGAAGUGAUAUUAUGCUUAGUAACUUUGUUCGAUCUGUCGGUUCUAUGUUAAUAAUGCAUGAUGUGGGACAAACGAGAUCACUCCCCCGAAGUACUGACCCAUUUCCCCUCAAGUCCCCAGGCUAGUAGCAGAGCUAAAUUUCAAGUCUAGAGCCAGAUGUUAAGUGUCUGGGGAGUUUCCCAUUUUGUGGUAAAGGUCGGUCUUAUCACCUACCCAGAACCUUUACUCUUCACAAAUUUCAGUGAGGUACAUAGUUUCCUUCAAGCUCUUUCAGAUAACAUGACUAGUUUUCUUAAAUUCCGUUCCCAUAAGAUCCCAUAGGACAAGGUAGAGGAUUUCAUCUUGACUGUCCUAGUCCUCCAAAAGUCCAGUCAGAUGGAUGUCAAAAGCUGCUCUUUCCAUGCUUUAAGAACCAAGAAUGUUCGUAAGAAGUGUGUUCUCUGUGCAUGGAACCAGCAGCACAGUGGAAAUCAAUUCUGUUCAUGACUCCCAAAAAAAAGUAGUAGUAAGGAGUUAAACUGAGCCAUCUCCCACCUACAGAGUUCUUCUGACUACCACUGGCAUCCAGUUUGUAAGGCUGAUGGCAAGGAUUAAAGCUUAGGGUCAGUGUUUUUUGUGGCCAGAGGGUACUUUUAGGUCUGUGAAACUCAUGGACUCAUUUGUCAGGUUUGGCUUUGACCUUAACAGUACUACAUUCAUACCCACUAAUUGACCAGCCCAGAUAAUUGUUUAAUGGUGCUUCCUUUAUGCUGAUCAGUUGAUUUCCAUGCCAUCACAGAGGAGGUUUGAAUUAACUGUGUAGUCUGGUAAGUAUAACUCCUCUUAUACAGCUUAUGUAUUAACCUGUAAGUGUAAAUGUGCUGCAACUAAUAUUCUAAAACUCCGUAGUUCUUGCUGAGGUAAACAGCCAGGCAGGAAAGUGUGGCAUGUGUUCAACACGUGGCUCUGUGUAAAUGAUUCAUUUCUUCAGGCUUUCCAGAAGUAGGUCUGUCUUCUCCCCAGACUGGGUUAACGUGCUUUUGGCUCCAACCUAUGGGGUGAGUGAGCUUCAAACCUGUAUCGGCAAAUCUGCCAGUGUCCCUAGAUGGUGGUAACAAAGGGAAAAGUGGAGCUUACAGGUCCCUUCUUGGGGAGAGGGAGGUUUCUCCUGCACCUCCACCCUCCCAGCCUGGAGCUCAGCAUCACUGUAAUUUGGUGGCUCCCCUUAGCCAUAGCUGCUUGUUCCCGGGGCCAGGACAUUCCAUAAUGGCAGGACCACGCGUUCCCUGCAGGGACAGUGGCUGGGUUGCCGUCAGUCCCUUCAGAGGCCGUUACUGGCCAGCUGGGUAAGAGGUAUUAUCUAAUAAAGGUGGAACUCAGGUUUGGUGUUUUUUGGUUUUUGGUUUUUUUUCUAAGUGCCUAAAUAAGUAAGCCAGGCUGUUUAUAUAGAACCAUCUUCAUAAUAAGAUGGUUUUUGUUCAGACCGCCUUACUCAGAGGUAUCUCAGCAAGCCAAGAUAAACCUGAAUUUGAGGUUUGGAAUCUAAGUUUCUUAAUGCAUCAUUACCAUGUAUUUUUGACUAGGAAACAUUUGGCAUUGAGCUGGAGAGUGGGCAAAGAGCAUUAAAAUGUGUCUGGUGAGAUUACUUAAUGGCUUCUCCAAAGUGGAGGAAAAGUAUCGAAAAGACCGCAAAAAUGGUAAGGAAACUAGAAAGUAGCUAGAUUUACUGCACAAUUUGUAACAGCCAAUAUUAAGUUAAAUUCCAGGAAACCAGUAUGAUACAUAAUGUAUACAAGUCUGAAAAUACUGUGGAAUAAGCCCAGGAAGGAUGGAUGUAUUUGCAGAAAACAAUCAGAGCAGAGGCUUUUUAACUCAUUGUCAAAGGGUGAUAAGGAAAUCUUUUUUAUGAAGUCAAUAGAAAGUUAAAAAUCAAGGGAUUUUAGUAAUUUAUUCAGUGCCACUUCUUGCCAUCAUUUUGAGAUUGUCCAAAUGGGCAUAAGAGUUCAGAAAGGGAAUCUGAUGCCUUCACUGGUAGGGAUGGAGCCACAUUCGUGCUCUGGGUGGGAUCACCUCUGCAGAAGAACAGUACAUUUUUCUCUUAAAGGCAAAAUGCUUGUAGGUUUUACCUCUUUAUUUUGUAUUUACUCUGAAAGUUGCACUUGUUCACCAACCAGUGUUUACGAAAUCCUGUAUUUGGGAUGCUUUUUCUAUAAUAAAAUAUUAUCAUUUGUGUC